GGAUCGUGUUUCUGGGUACGCAGAACAGAGCGGCGCACACAAGAUUUGUACACGCAAGGUCGUGUCCCCAGCUGCGGGAUUGAACUUACUAUCUUCAAGCAAAGAUGAUGUCCCUAGCCUCUCGAUCCGGGGCUCUUUCCCCUUACCUCACGGCAACAAAACAAACAAUUAAAAGCCUGGUGGUCCCCGGAGCCAAGGAGCUGGUGCCCGCUGCAGCUCCUGGAGCAGUACGCCUUGCCCACACAGACAUCAAGGUCCCCGACUUUUCAGACUACCGUCGUAGCGAGGUUCAGGACCCCAGACACUCCUCCCGGGAGAGCGGCGAUGGCAGAAGGGCAUUCUCCUACAUGCUCACCGGAGCCGCCUCUGUGAUCAGCGUCUACGCGGCCAAGACAGUGAUCGUCCAGUUCGUCUCCACCAUGAGCGCGUCAGCCGAUGUCCUGGCCAUGUCCAAAGUUGAGAUCAAGUUGGGCGACAUCCCAGAGGGCAAGAACGUCACCUUCAAGUGGAGAGGAAAGCCCCUGUUCGUCCGUCACCGCACAGAUAAGGAGAUCGCUACGGAGGAAGCUGUGAACCUCGGCGAGCUGCGAGACCCCCAGCACGACAAGGAUAGGGUGGUCAACCCUAAAUGGGUCAUCGUUCUCGGCGUGUGCACCCACCUGGGUUGUGUGCCCAUCGCUAAUGCUGGAGACUACGGUGGUUACUACUGUCCUUGCCACGGCUCCCACUACGAUGCUUCUGGAAGAAUAAGAAGGGGACCUGCCCCACUCAAUCUGGAGGUUCCCUAUUAUGAGUUUUUGGAUGACGAAACCAUUGUGGUGGGAUAAACACUGCCAACCCCGUCUCUGUUCCUUUCUGUAAAAUGAAAUUUAGGUGGUUCUGUAAAAGUUGGCGGUGGCAGAAAAUAUGUAUUCACUAAUAAAGGGAUAUUCCCAACUUGAUAUUAAAUUAAUUAAUCUCUUUCAUUAUUUUCGUCCGCUUGUCUCUGUUAAGCUGCAUGUAUUCAGUUCACCGCAGUUUGAGAUGAAUAAACUACUGCUACAGCUCCAUUGAA